AUGGCUUCACAAGAAAUGGAUUCUCAAAAAAUGGAUUGUCAGGAAAUGGAUUCACAAGAAACGGCUUCACAAAUCACGGUAUCAGCGGAUGAUAUUUGUUCAAUAUGUUUGAAUUCAAUGAUGAAGGGUGAAGCACUGUUUAUAUCAGCGUGUAAUCAUCACUUUCAUUUCGAUUGUAUUGCAAAUAGUGUUAAAGCGCAUAAUACUGAAUGUCCGUUAUGUCGUGUACCAUUGGUAUCAUUAAGGAAUGUUGUGGCUCCCCAGCCACCCACACCAUAUCAAAUUCCGCUACAAGUUCAACAACGUGCACCUUUAGAGCGAAUGUUAACUAUGACAUCACAGGUUCUGGACAUUCCUGCUGAAGACGUUGUUAAUGAAGCGGAAUUAUACCGAAUCUUCAAUACAAAUAGUCAUCGAAACAACAGCCGAAUGAGCGAUGCCCCUUCUAACGUUAAAUUCAUUGAAGCAAAAACAACCUUAGAAGUUGGUGGUGUUCGUUGGAAUCAAGAACGUAAUUUAUAUGCCAUGGUUUCUUUGAAAGCUCCAAUAUUAAUUGAUGAGAAUAAUGUACGGGUUCCAUUAGAUCUACUACUGAUUGUCGAUCGAAGUAAUUCAAUGUACGGAGACAAGAUGAAAUUAUUAAAACGAACACUAAGUUAUAUUGUUACCCAGAUGAAAUCGAAUGAUCGUCUGUCGAUUGUAUCAUUUAAUGGAACGGCUGAUGUUAUCAGUGGUUUAAAAAUGAUGAAUGAUGUUGGAAAACAGCGAAUUGAAAAUCAGAUUCAAAAUGAUGAAAAAUUAAUGGCAUCGGGCUCUACAGAUAUUAGUAAUGCUCUGAAAUUAGGCAUUGAAUUAUUGAAUAAACGUCAAACAAAAAAUCCAUUAACAUCCAUACUAUUGCUAACUGAUGGUCAAGACAGUGUACCAUUGUCAUCAUAUACAGAAAUAAUGAGUCGACUCCCACCAGGAACUACAUGUCAUACAUUUGGUUAUGGUCGUGAUCAUAAAGCAAAUAUUUUAUCGACCAUCGCUGAAACUAGUUCAGGAACAUUUACACAUAUUGAUGAAUUGAACACUAUUGGUAAUUCAUAUGCACACGUAUUAGGUGGAUUAUUUUCAUGUAUAGCUCAAAAUAUAGAAAUUAAAAUUGAAUUAGAAAAAAAUUAUAGAAUCACAAAAAUUCAUUCAGCCUUAUCACAUUCAACUGUUCCAAAUCAAACUGUAACAGUCAAGCUGAAUGAUCUAAAUGCGGAUGAGAAGCGUGAUCUUGUAUUUGAAAUUCAUGUACCAACAGUAAAUGAAGAAGAACAUCUGUCGGAUCAAAUCGGUCAUGUAGCACUUCGAUACAUUGAUCCUGCGAGUAAACAAAUGGCAUUAAUAGAAAACAUACCAAUUACACUUAUACGUUUGAAUAUUACUGAUGAGUCAAUAUUAUUUAGCGUAAACUACGAUUUAGAUGUUCAACGUAAUCGAGUAUUAACCACAAAAGCGUUAAAAGAAGCUAUUUGGUAUGCUGAACGUGGUAAUAUGGAACAAGCAUGUAAAAUAACACGAGACGUUAUCGAUCAUAUUAAGUUAUCCAUGUCAUCACAAAAUAUUUUGUGUCAAGAAUUAAUUGAAGAUUUGAAUAACAGUAUUCAAAAAUUUCAGAAUGAUCAGCAACAAUUUGCAGCACAUAUGACAACAAUGAGCAGAAAUCAUUCAGACCAACGUUCAACGUACAAUUCACCACAUUUUGUCAGUUCUAGGACGUAUGUUACGCCGAUGCAACAGCAACAGAUUAAUUCAUAUCAGUCUUACUCAACAUCAAUACUGUAA